AUGGAUAACACAGAUUUAAAAAAUUUAAUUGAUGAUUUAGUACUUAAUCAAAAUUUUCUUAGUUAUUAUGAAUUAAAAUCAUAUCUCCAAAAACAUAAUAACAAUAUAACGGGUGAUGAUAUGGAAUAUUAUUAUCCAUAUUAUAAAAAUGAAAUUUUGAAAUAUCAUGAUAGAAUAAUUUCUAAAAUUAAAGACAAAAUUAAAAAUAAUGAAUAUUCAAAGGGAAAAACUAAAUCACAACUUAAACAGUUGAAAGAUUUCAAAAAUAAAGUAUUAACAGAAGAAGAUAUUGAUGAAUUAUAUAAUUUAUAUAAUCCUGAGCCGCAAAAACCAAAGCCGAGGUCUAAAGUAGCAAAUGUUCAACAGCUAAAGGAACAAAACGCCCAGGUCCUUCAGACCAUAAAUGAUGCACAAGCUUUAAUUUAUGAUUCAUUAGUUAAACCAUAUUCAGCCCGACUUUUAAAUGAAGAUCAACUUUUGGAAUUCAUCCUUCAACAUAAACUCGAAGCGGGAAAGUAUAUCAAACCUUUAUAUACAGCAUAUUUAAAACAAAUGAAUAGAAUACAUCCAGAAUUAAUGAAGGAAGGAAUGAAGGAAGGAAUGAAAUCCAAAAUCAAAGCAGAUAAAAUUAAACCACUUGCAAUACCAAAACCUCCAACGACAGUACCGCCUCCUCCUUCAGUUAAUCCUUCAUCAUUCACUUUAUUAUAUCCAUUUCAAACAUUAAAGAAGCAAAAAGAUUUUAAAAAGUGUUUCAAGAUAUUAAAUAAACCAAUUGACCCGAAAAUUCAACCGUUAAAGGAAAAAUUUAGUCGCCCUUCAUUUGCUCCAUAUCCAUAUUCAUACGAAAUAGAUCAUCUGGAAUAUUCAAAAGGAAACGUUACUUAUUUAUUUGCCAUUAACAUUAACACUAGAUAUUUAUAUUGCAUUCCAGUGAAAGGGAAAACAGAACAGGAAACAAGAAGAGCUAUACAAUACUUACUAGAUCAUGAAAGAGUAGAUAAUAUCAGGGGUGAUGGUGAUAAAGGAUUUCAGGCAGCUAUGGCUCAUUAUUUCCCACAAAUUAAUUUUUUCUUUUCAUCCUCUCCAUAUACGUUUCAUAAUAAAAUAGUUGAUGCGGUAAUGAGAACUCUUAGAGAUGCGUUAGGGGUUAACGGUCAGAUAUACUGGGAUGGAAACCAUGACUCCAUCAUACAACAGUUAGUAUAUUAUUAUAAUAAUACAUGGCAUAGAACAAUAAACAUGAAACCAGUGGAAAUGAAAAAUGAUAUUUCAAAAGAAUGGGAAUAUAUUAGAAAGCAAAUGGAAAGGUUGAAUGAUGUUAAACGUGAACAAAUUAAUUCGGGGCUCAUGAAUUUUAAACAAGGGGAUAAAGUUUUGAUUCAUCUCGAUUAUGGAAAAACUGAUAAAUCAAUGACAAAAAGAAGACGAAGAUUUGACACAAUAGCUGAAUUUGUUAGAUAUAUUAACGGCAAUGCAUUAGUUGAAGUUGACAAUAAAUUAAUAGAAAUUCCAAUUUAUUUUAUUACCCCAUUAUAUUUAAAUAAUAUUUAA